AUGCAACGCGUGUGUACCCAUGGUCGUUUAUCAACACGAUUAUAUUUUCUCUUAUUAGGUAUCUCAAUGAUUGUCAUUAUUAUCUAUUCAUCUCUGUUAGUCGAAACUAUCAUUGAACAAAUUAUGAAUCCAACGUUACAGAAAUAUUAUCAACUACAAGAACAGUAUCUAUUAACAUUACGAUGCCCUUGUACUUGUAGUCAAUUAGCUAUUCCAUACGACGGUUUCGUUCGGAUCGAAGUUGAAUACCAUCAGAUAUGCUCGAAUGAGUUUGUUCAACCAUGGUGGUACCAAAGCGUGUCGUUCGGCUGCCAUCUUGAUGUGGUACUUAAUUUCAUUGUCAGCGCUUCUUCGUACUUUCAAACAUUAGUGUGA